GUGCGACCUCCCGCGGAUGGGGGAACAUAGUCGACUGUUAUUGGAGAGCCUGGGAGCUAUGGGUUUUCGCGUACUUUUCGACGCUGGCCCCGGAGCUCGAGGUGGCGGUGCCUCUCACGAUCCCUUACUCGCUUGUAUUCGAGGGCCAGUACCGGCUGAGGGCCCGGGAGACUUUGCCCUACCUGCGGUAGUAUUUUGACACAGUGCAGCUGACAGAGAUCACAUGGCAGCCCUAGUCUCCCUUGGGUGGAAAUAGCCGAUUUCAGCUUGCUGGAGGGUGGGUCGCUUCCCGGUACAGGAUCUUAUUUGAGGGGCCCGUUGGCAGGGCCUGGUUUCUGGGGGAUCACUUCAUGCAUCAGACUAUGGGCUACCCCGAGCAGAGUGUCCCUGCAGCACCUCCGGUCAAUAUACGGUCUACUGAGGGGCUCACUCCCCAAGAUGUUGAGUCGGCUAUGCUGGGUACUGAUGUACUUAUGCAUUUAGAGGAGGGGGAGUAUGCGACGUACCGUCAUACAUACUUGAUGCCUCCAUUGACAGGUGUCCGUACUCCCAUGAGGAGGUCUGCUAGCAUGCCAUCAUCGAGUCGAGCUCGGGCUGCAGAUGUCCCUUCUACCAGUAGGGCCGGUACAUCUAGAGGUGGGGCUGGACGGGUUCCACCGAUUCCCCUGACGUAUCAUCAGGUCGAAUGGCUAGAUAUCCCGACUAAGUUGACAGGAUGGCGAUACGGGACUUCCUACCCGAUUCCGAUAGAGCCUCCUAUGCCUGAUCAUCGAUACGUCAGUGAUCCUGACUCACCACCGCCUACCAGGGAGUAUACGGAGGGGUUACUCAGGUUAGUAGCCUCACUUGAGGGCAUGGUCCUGCGGAGAGAGACGCAGUUGUCCAUCGUCGGUGUCCUGAUGCCUCCGCUACAUACUGGGCCACAGGCUGGGCCAUCCAAGCCUCCUCGGAGAGCUGGGAGAGGGGGUUCGACUCGCGGCCGAGGCAGAUGCAAGGCACCUGUCGUAGAGGAGGAGUCCAGCGAGGAGGAGGAGCCUGCUCAUCCCCAGUCAGAGACAUUUGCUGGCAGAGAGGAUGACUCUGGUUCCGGUUCUGGUAGUGGAGAUGAUGCCAAUGAGGAUUCUAAGGGCAGCGACUCCGAUUUCGAUGAUGAUGAUGGUGCAGAGGUUGUUCCGCAGAAGAGGACGAAGAGGGCCUCUUAUUCCUGUUCUUGAUAGCAUUGAUGCAGCUGUUCCCUGCUUUAUUUGCCUUUUUUACUAGU